UAGAAAGUCUCUAAUGACUGCCAAGUGAAAAGACUCCACUCUUUUUAAAGAAAUUUUGAUCUACUGGAAAGCACAUCUGAUGAUAUUGAAAGCGCGUUUGUUGAGGAAAUUAAGAAGAUAAAAAGGGCGGAGGCAGCAGCACAAGCUGCAGAUUAGACCUAGCGUUCUCAGCCGGUCUUAUUUGACCGCAACCGCGCGGAGGGGUUCUCUCUUUCUCGCUCUUUCUAUCUCGUCAAAUUUGGCAAUUUGGUUUUGUUUUCUCCCCAGUGCGUCGCGUUACUUACUUCUCUCCCACUUUCUUUUUCCCUUUUACUUUUAUUUUUUUUUGAUCUUUCCCGUAUAUUAUUUCCUUCUCCUCCUCUUGUGGGUUUUUGGGCUACUUCAUUUUCCCACCUCCGUUAAUUUGCUGCGAUGAAGCCAACCCCCGGGAGCUAAAAAAUGGGGUGUCUGCACUACUUCAAGGAGAAGCACAAGCGGCGGCGGCAGCAGCAGCAGCAGCAGCAGAGGAAGUCGGCGCCCGCCGCCUGCUCGACGAAUGUCUCCUCCGCGCAGACAGGCCGGUCCGAGGACUCCGGCACGCCGAAGGAGGCGACGAGCAAGUCCGCCGGCUCGGCCGCGUCGCAGCGGAGCAUUCCGGACUUGUACGAGGAGCGGGCGGGCAAUCUCAGGGUGUUUAGCUUCCGGGAGCUCAGGAACGCCACCAGCAACUUCAGCAGCCUCGUUAAGAUCGGCGAGGGCGGCUUCGGGACCGUCUACAAAGCCUUCAUCCGGCCUAGUUCGGACGAAAAGGCUGAUAAAAUUGCCGUCGCCGUCAAGAAGCUCAAUCCGAACGGCCAGCAGGGACAUAGACAAUGGUUGGCAGAAGUUCAAUUUCUUGGCGUUGUCGAACACCCAAAUCUCGUUAAGCUUAUCGGGUACUGUGCUGUCGACGGCGAAAGAGGGGCCCAGAGGCUGCUGGUUUAUGAAUUUAUGCCCAAUAAGACUCUAGACGACCAUUUGUUCAAUAAAGCGUAUCCUCCCCUUCCAUGGAAUGCUAGACUACAGGUAGUCUUGGGUGCUGCCGAAGGUUUGUCGUAUCUGCACGAGGGAUUGGAAGUUCAGGUGAUAUAUCGUGAUUUCAAAGCAUCUAAUGUGCUGUUGGAUGAGGAGUUUAGACCGAAACUCUCGGAUUUUGGGCUAGCAAGGGAGGGACCAUCAGCAGGGAAUACUCAUGUAUCCACUGCGGUAAUGGGAACGUACGGUUAUGCCGCUCCGGACUAUGUCGAGACCGGCCAUCUCACUGUCAAGAGCGAUGUAUUCAGCUUCGGCGUCGUACUCUACGAGAUCCUGACCGGCCGUCGCUCGAUGGAAAGAAACCGGCCAAGAAACGAGCAGAAGCUUCUAGAAUGGGUGAAGCAUUACCCCUUUGACAGCAACCGCUUCACCAGGAUCAUCGACCCCAGGCUUGAAAAUAAGUACUCUUUAAGGGCUGCUCGGGAAAUCGCCCAGCUGGCUGAUACAUGCUUGUUUAAGCAUGCAAAAGAUAGGCCGAAGAUGAGCGAGGUGAUCGAAACUUUAAAACGGGUGAUGGAGUAUAAAGACUUGGAUGGGCAGGUUGAGCCAUUAGAAGAGAAUUCUCCACCUCGGGACGAGAUUGAGAAGCAGAGUGAGCAGGAAAAUUACGUAGAGUCCGCGAGAAGGAGAAUGCUUCACCUUGAGAAGCUGAUGGAGAAUGUGAAAAGUGUUGGAAGGAGGAGAUUCGUGCUCAUGAAGGCGGGCAAUCCGAAAUAAAAAUAAAGGUAAAAUGUCUGGAUAUUCUUUGUACCAUCAGAAUAUUUCCGAGUCCAUGAGCUUCUAAAUGCUUUCGUCCCUGAACUUUCACGUACAUUGCAAUUUCAUCGUUAGCCAACAAGGCUCCGAGAACACAUGACUUUUUCCUUUAGAUUGGCCUUUCUAACCCUGUUUUAACUACACUACAAGAAGGAAGUCAUUUACAAAAGAGGUAAAAUGGCCAUUCUAGGGAAAAGGUUAGGUCUUUUGUAAUGGCCAGGAAUCAACUAGUGAUAUAUGAGAUUGUUCAGGGAUUUUAAGUGUUUACUCGGAAACUUCAGGGACUGAUUCACAGCAUCUGAAUGGUACAGUGACUAUAUAUCCAUGCAUCAUAUCCAUAAAGUCUACAACAACAGCAGCAACAACAACAAUGAAGCCAUGCAAUACAUAUAUAGCAGAUAUGAUGAUGUAAAUUUUGACUAAGGUUUGCUUCUCGCUAGUUGUAUUAGUUGCUGGGCAAAGUAGAGGUAUAUAUGAGAAUGUUUCCUUGUUUUCUUUGGCUCAUGCAUAUUAUUUGCUGAGGUUUAACAUCUUUUUUCUUGUCCCCCUCCUACCAAAGUGUGCUAUUGAGGUGUACAAAAUCAUUUUCCCUGUAAUAAAAUAGGAAAAAGAAGAAAAAGGUGUACAAAAUUAUAGGAGUCAAGAGUUUCGAGUUUAAAUACAAAAGUUAUCUUUGGUUGA